GACAGACCCACCACCCACCAUGAGCCAGAAGAGUGGGGGAGAGGCGGGACCUCCCCCCUCGGCAGCCUUGGCUUCAGGAAGUUCCCUCUGAGGCAGGGAGUGUCUGCAUAUAAAAUGGUCUGCAGUUCACUGCUCCAUAGGUCAGAGGCUUGUUUAUUCUGUCUCCAUGGUUACGCUCAGUCCCAACCAAAUCUUCCAAUUGGCAUGCGCAAAUUACUGUUUACUACUGAAUGCACAUUGCACAAACUGUUCUGUAACCCUGGCAAAUUAAAUUUGGUGCCACUUUACCAGCUUGCAAAUUUGGCCGUACAAGAAAGUUUGACCAGAUUUUGUUAUGUUUCUUUCUGGCAAUGUGUAUGUAACAAUUUGUAGCUUGCUUUUGUUUUUGUAAACAAAGCAUGUCAAUUUUGUCACAUUGAUUUUAAUUGAGAAUGAUUUUGUAGGAUUCAGAACAUUGUGGGACCUAAAGUACCCUUCUCAACUUUAACUUCAAGACAUUUGAUCAAUUCCUGACAGCUCUGGCAUGCACAGUGAGAGCAUAUGACCCACAACAGUCUGUUGAAAUAAUAGUUGGGAAGAGGGGAAAUCGAUACAAAUCAUGCACACAUUCAGCUGCUUGAAUCGGACUGCUCGCCUGCUCUGUGCUGAGCAUAUGUGCUAACUUAGUUAUUUGUAUAUACUACUACAGAUGUCAACUCUUCCACCUCCAGCCCUUCUGUCUCUUCAUCCUUGUCCAUGGGAGACCCAUCCACUGGCUCCUCUAACUCAUCCUCAGACCAUCUCAAGGCUCCCCAGCAUCUCCGCUCCACCGGAGGGGAUGGGGCUGGAGCUUCAGAGAUUCAAGGCAUGGAGGGUGCUGUAUCUGCCCCCAGCAGAGGCAACAGUGGGGCAAACACUGCAACAGGAGACGUAGGGCCAGGGCUCGGAGUCCAGCAGCCUCAGAACACCCCAUCAAAACGGAGGCCUGUGUUGAGCAUAUCCCCGCCACCCGAGGACCUAUUUGACGACAGCCAGAUGUCCAGCCAAGACGAGCCUGCCAUAUCUGGCCCCACAGGUCCAGACUCUGAGCAUAGCAGCAACAUGUGGGCGGAUGACUCCGUCUCCAACUUCAGCUUGAAUAGCUCCGUCUCCUACAACGACAACACAGAGGUGCCGCGCAAGUCUAGGAAACGCACCCCUCGCCAACGACCUGGGCCCAAGCCUGCUCCUCCAGAGGACAGCAUGGAUGUGUUUGGUGCGGACAGCGCCAAGGCCCCUCACUUUGUCCUCUCUCAGCUGGGCACAGACAAGAACAGUCCCAUAGUCAGCUCUCUUGAAUCAGGACCGGCGGGGAAGGGUGGCUCACUGUCUACUCAGUACCCCCCGAGGAGUGAUGUGAAAGAGCUAAAGAUCCUGGUGCAGCCGGAGACCCAGCACAGAGCGCGCUACUUGACCGAGGGCAGCAGAGGUUCUGUCAAAGACCGCACACAGCAGGGAUUCCCCACUGUCAAGUUGGAAGGUAUGAGUGAACCAGUUGUGCUGCAGGUGUUUGUAGCAAACGAUGCAGGCAAAGUGAAGCCUCACGGUUUCUACCAGGCAUGCAGAGUGACAGGCCGCAACACCACUGCCUGCAAGGAGGUCGACAUAGAGGGCACCACGGUCAUUGAGAUCCCGCUGGAGCCCAGCAAUGACAUGACACUUGCGGUGGACCGUGUAGGGAUUUUGAAGCUCCGUAAUGCAGAUGUGGAGGCCCGUAUUGGUGUGGCAGGGUCCAAGAAGAAGAGCACAAGGGCCAGACUGGCAUUCAGAGUCAAUAUCCCCCAACCUGAUGGAUCAGUACUGACUCUACAGGUUGCCUCAUCGCUCAUCCUCUGCACCCAGCCAGCAGGAGUUCCAGAGAUCCUGAAGAAAAGUCUUCACAGCUACUCAGUGAAAGGAGGAGAGGAAGUUUUCAUCAUCGGAAAGAACUUCCUCAAAGGAACCAAAGUUGUUUUUCAGGAGAACAUUGCAGAUGAUAAUUCCUGGCAGGCUGAGGCCAAGAUCGACAUGGACCUUUUCCAUCAGAACCAUUUGAUAGUGACAGUUCCGCCGUUCCACAACCAGUCAGUCACUUCUCCUGUUUCUGUGGGGAUCUUCGUGAUGACCAACGCUGGUAGAUCACAUGACGCCCAGCCCUUCACCUAUACUCCAGACUCAGCUGAUAAAUCAAAUGUCCAGACAGUAAAAACAGAGGGGCCCUCCAUGGUCAAGACGUGUAAAUUUGAUGGCCAGAUCAAAUCUUUAUCAUCUGAGCAAACUGACGGCUCUGCUGCUCCUUCUAAACGGCUAGAGGACACACCAAUGGAAGUGUCUAGUAAUCCACCGUGCACUAAUGUCUUUAAGUCAUCCCCUGAGCCCCAUGUCACGGUGCAGCAGACACUGGAGCUCAGCUCUAGUCCUCAUCCAGGUGGAGAGUCCUUUCAGAGCCCAAUGCCUCUCCAACCUGAAGAUGUGGAGCUUGCCCAGACACCCCCUGUGUUCCCUAGCCUAGAGUCUCUCAGCACCAUAGAAAAACAGGACAUUGCCCCCACCACCUCCUUUCCAGUGCCGGGCGAUACUACAAUCCCCCCUGUGACACCCGAAGUCCCCCAGCAAUUCCUGCGAGAUCCUCAGGACAGCUUACCUCCUGAGAGUUCCAAUAACAGUGGAGGGGUGGUCGUUGUGGCCAUGCCCCAGAUAUCAAGUCCUUCUCAGCCCCAACAGUCCCAGGUUCCCCUGUUCCCCCAAGAAGAGGUGGCCCAGCUGGAGAGGGCAGUGAGGGAGCUACAGGCUGGAGGUAGCACCACCUUCCAGCAGGUGUUGGAGGCGGCUGUAGCCCAGCAGCAGCUCAACUCUGUGCUGUACAGCCCCACCCCCUCUGCAGACUCCCUUCAGCAGCACGUCCAGGAGAACAUGAAUAGCCUUAGAUUGGGAACCACAGAUAAUUCACUGUCAACACAGCUACAGAUACAACAACAACAUCAGCUACAACAGCUACAGCAACAACAGCAGAUACAACAACAACAACAGAUACAACAACAGUUUCAACAGCAUCAACAACUGCAGCAACAGCAAAUCCUCGGUAACCUUCAGCAGCAACAGCAGCAACACAUACAGCAACAACAGCAGCAGCAGCAAGUUCUUGACAACAUGCAGAUCCAACAGCAACUUAUAUUACAGCCACAAGACCAGCAGCAGCAAAUCAUGGAGAAUAUUCAACAACAACAACAGUUGCAACAAAGUCAGACACAACAAGUCCUUAGCAACAUCCAACUUCAGGAUCAGCAACAACAAAAUCAAAUACUUAACAAUUUACAACAACAUCAGCUACAACAACAACAACAACAGCAGCAGCAGCAAAAUCAAGCGUUGAGCAACUUGCAACAACUACAAGAGCAGCAGGUGUUGGAGAACCUACAGCAGCACCUUCAGGCUGAGUUGCUUCAACCCCAAAUCCACUCCUCCCCCCAGGUCCAGCAGCCAGUGUCGCUGCUUCAACAGGCUGGAGAGCUGCUCACCAUUCAGACCAGCUUCCCGACACAGCCUCCAUCACACACCUCUCCCCCACAACAGCUCUUUCAUUCGCCCCGGCCCCUGGCCGAGGCCCAGGGCUCCCAGCAGCAGGUCCAGGCCGCUCUGCUCCAGAAUACGCUGACAGUUCUGACUAGUGGCAGCCUCAACCCGGAGCAGCAGCCUACCGGGUCGACCCUGUACCUGUCCCCAAACCCUCAGCCCCAACAACAGCAGCUGGCAUUCAUCUCCUCAAUGGAGACAUCCACCGGUCAGCCCCAGUCUGUUGCAAUGUUUCAGAACCAACCCCAAGCUCAACUUUCCCAAAUGCAGCAACAGAGCACCCCCAUGGAGCAGCAGCAGUCUCCGCAACAGAAUCAACAACAGCCACCCCAACUCGCAAUGGGCCAGCAGAGCUCCUUGUUCCAAUGUAUCCCAAACCACUCCCAGGCCAACCCCGUCCCUCAGGGCCAGCUUUCCCAACCCCAACAGACCGGUCUCCUCCUCUGCACCACCGAUCUUAAUCCCCAGGCUAUUCCCCCAACUAUUCUCUUCAGCACCCAGACCCAAGGCCCAUCACCUAUGGGGAGCAUCCGCGUUGGAAUCCAACAGGCAGACCCAGCAGAGCCCAUGUCCUUCCAAGACCAGAGCUCCUCAGGCAGCAACUCGACAUCCACUGAGAACCAACAGCAGAGUCUGUUCCAGGAGCAGCAGCCAAUGCAAGUGGGCCCAAGUUCCAUCAGCAUCCAGAGCACUCAACCCGUGGAGCUGUUCUUGCCACAGACGUCUCUGUCUAGCCUGCAGAGCACGAUUGGCUCCCAGGAGCUGAACAACCAGGCUCCGGUCCCUGGCACAACCAUCUUUGUGGUCCAGGGGGGUGUGGGUGUGGUAGCCAACCCUGGCCAGCAGCCCCCGGAGCAGCUUUUCCAGACAACUGUGGCUGGGAAUGUGGCUCCACAAGGGCAGGCCAAUCUAUUUGUGUUUGGCAUCCAGAAUGACUCACCCCAGCUGCUCGGUUCCUCUGGACCCCCCCUUCCAGCUCAGGGCCCGCCCCAGAACUCCAGUCACAUGCAGCCUCUGUUGGACCAGCCCAUGGUCCAAGCUGCCUCCACAAUGCCGACCGCCAUGCACAGCAGCUUACAGAACAGCCUUCAGGCCCAAAUGCAGACCAGCCUACAGAACGCGAUGCAGGCAAACACACAAACUGCUUUGCAGUCCAGUUUGCAAGCGACCAUAGAAACGAGCCUGCCGACUCCAAUGCAGACCAACCUACAGACACAGAUACAGAGCAGCUUACAGAAUCAACUGCAGGCUUCGAUAUCGUCAUCCUCCAACAUGGAUAAAAUGUAGGACCUACUGGAAAGCCCACAGAAGCAAUGGUUAUCGCUUGGACCAUGUGGGCGCUAUGGAGAGUGACUGACUGAUAUGUAGCCGUGUAACGUCCUCACGUCAACAAACCCAACACUGGUGUGUGUGAUGUUUUGUGUCAAUGCCACAAAACGUAGAAACUUUCAAGUAUGUAAGAUUGAAAUGCCCCUUUUACCUAAACCCCAAAUUCUGAGGUCACGUAGCUCAGUUUGUAUGGAAUAUUUAUAAUUAAGUAUGGCAUUCAUACAUCCAUUGUCCUUGAAUUGAAGAAUUCGCCUUUGUUAUUACCCCUCUUGCAGGAUCAGAGAGGCCUGUAAUAACUGCUUUAUCCAUCCCUCUCCGACAUGCAGUGUUUUGUUGAGUGUUUUUAUUAAUGUGAACCUAAGAUGAUGAUGAGGAAGAUGAUGAUGAUAAACAGCCUGCCAGGUUUGGUGGAAAAACUGGAAAGGGAUAAAGAAUGUCAGCGACAAGGAACCCGGGGAAUAGUAAUGUGAUGAGGUGAGUCUGUAAGAGCAGGCAGAGCAGAUAAAACCUCCAGAAGUGAAUAUCAGAUUGCCCGUCAGUGUCCGAUGGAGGCGGAAUCUUAUUUUGUGAGCGGGCGAACUCGUCGCUCUGAGGAGCAGCCUGCGAGGUGCGUUUAGGUGUGUUCAUCGUGUGGAAAUGGGGGACGUUACAUGGCGAAAAAGCAGGGCUUGAAUAAUGUCACAACUCAGUUUAAACUUUUGACAUGGAUAUGCAUACGUCAGCGAUUUGACUAAAAUCUACUCUGAGAGUAAAGACUAUUAAAUUAUACAUUUGUAGAAUGUUUUGCCUCAAUCAUGUUUCGGUAGGAACCCGUGCCGACUCGUAUCAGGAGUGGUCAAAUAUUGGUCAACUCCCAAAACAAAUCGCACACCAAAAUGGUGAGCAAUACAUUCUGGUGUGCAGAAAGCGGAGGAACUAUUUAACACUCACCCUUGUGAAUAAUGUGACUUGCCUUUUGAUUUGGCUCCUCCCAGUGUUGUCAUAGGUUACGGCCUCAUGACUGGGUUUGUAGAAGCUUUGUUGGUGACAUUUUAACAAGCGUUCAACUAUAUAAUGUGUGUAUCUUUUAUUGUUUUGAAGAAGUUGGUAUCACUUACCACUUUAAUGUGGAUAGAAAGAAACUUUCCACCAGUGAAAAUGGAGUAUUGUGUGGUUUUAUAAACAUUUUAUCUCAAGCACUUUAUAACCUCUAGCUAAUCCUUAGGCCUAUCCACAGCUCCCUUCUGACCUGGCUGAAUUUGUACUUUGUAACGUCCAGUUAAAAACCGAAAUAGCAUACAGCAGUUGUCUUUGUAAAGGAAAAUGCAUCUUUACCGAGCAUUAAAAAAAGAGUAAUUUCUGAAUCUGUGUGAGGUUUCGGACGGCUUGGUAGAGAAUGUCUCCUUGCUGUGGAGUUCCUCAUGUUGCAUCUCAGUGGUCCGUCUCCUCAAGCAGACAUUCACACACACACAUUGUCGUUUUUCAGUGUUGGAGUGGCAAGUCGGCCUUUGUGUUCGUCACACUGACUAAACACCCAAAUAUGUAACGAUGCAUUUAGUCUGCAAUGAAAUGAAGGAUUUUAUUAUUAUUUAUUUCUGCACUAUUUACGGUUACUGUUUUACCUGGUGUUGUGGUAGAUAUUUUAGUUUGUGUCUUGGUACCGUGUGAAGUUGGCUUCCAGUAACCGUCCCUUGUGGGCCGACUGGUCGAGGAAGCCUCUGUUACAUGGAGGCUGCCAUGUUGGUUCUGUCUAUGGUGCUAGGUGCAGGAAGCCACAUUUCUUUCUUCGGCCGGUGAAGCCGUGACCGGCCCGUCUGUCGCAGGUUGGAUGCGCCUGUUGCCUUCGUUGGUUGGGUUCAGGCACAAGGAGUGAGAUUGGUUCGGAUAACAACGUCAGGGUAGGGGGGGUCAUGCCUUUGCCAUCCUAAAAUAAAAAAAUGUUAAAGAUGCGCAGGAAUAGUGGGCUCUUCUGAUGUAUUUCUAGUGCAUAACAGUUUGUACGUAUAUCCAUAUUCCUGACAUAAACUGUUAGUUUUGAGGGUCAGACUGGAGAGCACCCGGCGUACCAAAGCUCCCGUUGUAAAGCGCGUCAUCUUGUCUCAUACGUGUCGUCGCAAACGCCCUCAUAAUGUUUACUUGUUUGUACUCAUUUAAGUUAUGCAGCUCUUUACGUGGAUAGUGAUUCAGCAUGUUGGUUUAAGUACAAGUUUUAUAAAAGUAUAUGUAACGGUACUUUGUUUUAUGGAUCAGUUGACCUCUCGAAAACAUUUCGACCAAUUUGAUACAUUACUCUAUUUUAUUAUGAACGCAACACUGCUGUACGUUGCAUAUCUACAACAGUAGCCAAUUUGGCGUUAUCAAAAAGCCAAUUUCUGAGAAUUCAACUGUUAGAAUAGCAUUGCUCAUGUGCAUUUGUUUGCAUUUUCAUACUCAUACUAUUUUGUCCUGCAGCUAUUAGUGAUCCAUUUUAAAGUAACUUAUCUUUUUUAGAAUUUUGUAUCCAUGUAUCAAAAUAGAGUAUUUUUGUAAAACUAAACGUUUUAGUUUAUGCUCAUGGCAAAAGAAUAUCAUUGCUGGUCUGUUUUCCUGAAAUGAAGCGCAGGUUCAUUGUGGUUAUUGUUGUUAUAAGUGUGCGACUGAAAUUAGAAUCAAGCAAAUGUGUUGGAACUGAACUCGAAACUGUUUUAACAUCGACUUGACCCAACUACCAUAAUACACGGGCGAGGUGUUUCUUUUGUGUGUGUGCAUGUGUGUUUUUCCUUUUUCUUUUUAAAAUGUCAUGCAUCUCAAACGGCACUUUGACUCAUCCAUUAACUGUAGAUCAGGUUCGAGCGCAGUCGUGAUGUUUCCAAGCAUUCCACUCCUCUCGAGGAGUUUAAGAGCACAUGAUGUUGUGUCACAGCAAUGCCUCUUAAAGCCAUAGCAACACAGAACGCCAACCUGUGACUUCAGUUUCAUGAAUGUAAAUGUUACCUCGUGGUGUGGACGUAGAGCUUGCUUUACAUCGAGCAUCGGACCAAUUACAGUUUAUAGAACAUAUAUGUGGAGGGGGAGGGUGGAUUGGCACCAGCUGUCAUCUGUGUCACUGUACAUUCGUCAGAUUGUUUUGUCUUGGCUCGUGGUGUCAUGUCAUGUUUUUCACAUCCAGUUGUUUCAUGUUGAGCAAUCCAGGAUGCUCAGUCUGACUCUUCAAAUAGCCACUUCCACCUGAAAAAACCAUGUGAAACAUUCAUUUAAUGGUGGUGAAGAUAGCACACGCAUCUUUACAAAAAUAUCAGUUUUGUCCUCGAGUCAUGUAAAUGAAUAACCUUGUAUAUUUAAAUGUGAAAUAUACUGCAGGGGUAUCUUGAACUUCAAUUGUGAUGCUUUCAACAGAACUGUGUGUGCCUUGAUAACUUAACUGUUACUCUGUCGUGUUUACUGGCGUCUCCUUCGUGUCAUUUCCCUUCGGCUCCCCGUCCUUUGUCUUCACGAGGACUGUUGAACAUCGGAACAAUUUCCGUUGAUCAGUGAAUUAUUAUUUCUAAACGUAAGCGUAACCCAUACAGAUAUAUUUUCAUUUCUCAUUUUCUCCUUGGAAAUCCGUUCCAGGAUAUCGGUAAGUACUCACGACUUAAUAUUGUGCAGCGUCACGAGUGAACUGUCAACUUGUCUGUUACUUUUUGUUGAAAAUGUUUUUCAUGCCUCCUGAGAUUUGUGCAUGAGGUAAAAGGGACGAGACCGCGGAGAUUGUUUUUAUGGGAGAGCUUUUGUGUGUUGAUGUGCUUGUCAACAUUACUAUUGUUGCUGUGAAAUGCUUGAAAAGGAGCAAUCAUGAUAAAUGAACUGUUAAUUGCCAAUAGUGUGAGCUGUAUCUUGUGUGUAAUCAGUUUGCUCACUUUUCCUAGUUUGCUUUUUCACAUCCUCCAACGGUUCUGUUGUAUCCGUUCUGUGUAGCUUGAGCUUUAGUAUCUGGCCUUAAGACCCUGCAGUCGGGAUACAGGUCAACCCCAGUGUGUUAUCAUACAUCUGAACUAUUAUUAUGUACUUUGCCUUGGUCUGGACAUUUGUAUACUCUUCUGUUUAUAUGUAAUCCUGCUGCUACAUUAAAUGAAUUAAUAAAAAUGUAAACAUCUUGA